AGACAAAGAAUCUGGAAUUGAUAACGUGUUGUUGGUCAAAGGUCUCAAGCAUAAUUUGCUUAGUAUUAGUCAGUUAUGUGACAAAGGUAAUCGUGUCACUUUUACAUCUAGUCAUUGUCUGGUUGAACGCCUUUGUGAUAAGAAAAUUAUCCUUACCGGCGAUCGAAUUAAUAAUAUUUAUAUGAUCAACCUAGAUAGUUCUCACCCAUCCACUCCUCUUUCUCAAUCCAUAUGAAGCAUUUAUUGAGGGGGAAUUAUACUUUGACUUUAGUUUUUUUUUUUGAAGAUUUUCAAAGGACUGCUCAGCUACAGUGUUUUAUUCGAAUAGUUUGGGACACUAAUCGAACAAGUUUGUUGCUUAAACUUCCAGUGUCGCGGCUCAACAUUAUUGAUUCGAAUAAGUGAGGCCCCCUAUUCGAAUAAAUGAGAUCAGAUAUAAUAUUUUUAAAAGGUCUUCAUUCAGUCAAAGCUUCUAUCUCUCACAAAAACCCAAUCGCGCCUCUUUCUCUCUCAGCGACAAACCCUAGGUCGCAGUUCUUCAUCUUCUCUGGUGUCUCAUCACCUCCUUCGCCACUUCUCCUACCGGAAUUCAUGGCUUCUCGCACCAAGAAGAGGACUUCACGGCCUUCUACUCAAGCCACUCAUCCGGGCUCCUCUUCUCAACCUCCUACUUCAAACGAAAAUCAAAGGUUCGAAUUUGCUCUCAACCCUAGAAUUUUCUUUGAUAGUGAAGAAGCUUUGAAUUUCUAUCGUGACAAUGUACUUCCCCGGAAAAUUAUCACCCCUCGUUAUGUUGAACUUGUUGAUUUUGAGCGAGAUACUUCUUAUGAACCAGUUUUGUCUAAGCUUCGUUCUUCGGGGUUGAUAAAUGUUGUGANCUUUCAAGCGUAGAAAUCAUCAAUAUGUGAUUAUUUCUAAGUUUUGUGGUAAAGAGGUUACUAUUUCUAGUGGUGAAUUGAAUGAGAUGUUUGGCAUGGAGAAUAGUAACAAGGAGCUCACUACCCAAAAUAAUGAUCAAAACCCGUGGUAUAAUUUUGAUGAACAAAAGUGUUGGGAAGUGAUGAAUUUUCGACCCAAAUUCAAUGAAUCUGGACGGCCCAAGGUGAAUGGAAUGCAACCUCCUCAACGCCUCAUUCAAUAUAUUUCCUCUUAUAUCCUGCGUGGGCGCUCGGGCAAUCACCCUCAAAUGAGCAAAGACGAUGCCAUGCUUAUCUAUGCAAUCUUGAAGCCGGUGUCUAUCAAUUGGGGGAAGUACAUCUUGACAUACAUGAACUUGUGUCGGGCAAAGAAAAAAUCUCUACCGUACCCCAUGCUUCUCACCUAUCUUUUGAAAAGGAAGGGAUUUGAAUUUGUGAAUGCCGAGAUGGAUAGUGAAACUCCUUUUUGGAGGAUCAAGAGGUCAACAGUAAUGAGAACCAAGCUUGAUGGUGAAGAUGAAGCACGUGCAGAAACCGGAACUUCUCAGUCACAUGUGGCUUCCCGGGGUCACAAGGUCACAUUGCCUAUGCUUUUUGAGUCCCUGCAAAGCCUCCAAUCCUCCUUCAACAACAUCCAGCUCCAACAGGCCACUUACGGUUAUAACUUGAAUAAGAUGUUGGUCAAGAGUGGAGAGCACUGGGAAACACCAUCCUUUGAAGCGCUCGCACCUUACAUGUCUCAGGGUUCUUCUUCUCAUACCGCUCCUUCUGAUGCUGAUAAUGAUGAAGACGAUGAGGAUGAUGAAGAGGAGGAUGAUAUUGCACAAGAAGAAGCGACCAUGGAUGAGGAAUGAGUGGACUUUGCAUUUUUGACAAACACAAGCUCAAGCAAUUCUUUGGUUGGGUUUGUCAUUAUCAAAAAGGGGGAAUUUGUUAACCCUUGUGUUUUGAUAAUGACAACCUUAUAUGUGGGAUAAGCUUUGGAUCUUUGAAUCAAGUCACCUGGAUCAUUUCGUAGGGAUUAUCUUGCAAGUCGGCUUACGAGCUCCAAGACAAGAAUUGGCUUACGAGCUCCAAGACUAGAAUUGGUGUUAAAAAAAAAACAAAAGGUUUUUAGAUCU